AUGAUAAAGCCGUCAUCAUCACCAACAACAACCUCGAACAACGUUGUUAACAAUGCAGAACCACAAAUAACAUCGGAUGGUCAAGACUUCGUGGACUUUUUCUCAAAAUUGAGGAUGCGUCAUUCAGCAAGUCAUGCACGUACUCGAGAGUUUAGAGAUGAAUUUGAGGCGUGGCUAGAGACCAAUAGAGAACUUGCAUCGAAUUUCUUUUUUAGCAACACCAAACAUCAUCUCAUAAUGGAAGACUUGAUUGAAGAAUUAAGGAUCAAGUUAGCAGAUGUGCACAACAAUCCUACGAAAGAAGAAAACUAUGCCAUGACAGUUUAUUCUUUAGAGACAGCCAUUCAAUCUUUUGAAUCAGUUGCCAAUAGUGCCAUGAUGUUGUUUCGAGAAUUGCACUCGUUGAAUUUGGUGAUCACACAAAUGAGAAUGGGAAAAUCAUUUUCGGUUUGUUGCAUCCAUAACUCCUUUAUUGCAUCCAAACCAUACACCAUUGAGGAACUGUUGGAAAAGGCACGUGUGAGAGCGAGUGCCUUCUUUUCCAAGUUUCCUGAAGAGCAUGGAGACUUGUCGACCAUAUUUUCAUGUAUUGUUUCAUUCUGGAAAGGAUUUACCUUCUUAACUGCCAAUGAUUUUGUUAAUUGUAUCUCAGAACAAGUAUUAAGGUCUAUUCUGAAAGCCACAAUACUUUCAGAGACUUUUUCUAGCACAGUUUGUCAUCCCAUUGUGAAAGACUUUUGUUUUAUGCUUGAAAGAGUUGCAGAGGGCGAGCCUAAAGGAUUUCAUAAGGCUUAUUACCAUCUUCUCUAUGAAGAAGAGCAUGUAUUGACAAAUCCUUAUUGUGAAUCCACUUACGGCUCUUGGGUGCUAAUGUUCUUGUCCAUUUCAAGUAUUAAUCCUGACUCUUGCCUCAAAACGCUUCUAGACAGCUUUCGAGUCGUUUCAGACAGUGAAUGGUCAGUUGCAAAGAAGAGUGUUUAUGCAACAAACCUUUUAGAUGGAGUUUUUUUCAUUGUUCGACGUCACGGAAAGGAAUUUGUGGAACGAAAUUUACAAUUGUUGAAUGAACUUUCAGAUCCAACUUUUUUUAAAAACACUCCAAUUAGAAAUCAAAGACAAAUAUUCACAAUUCAAACUGAGCUGGAAAGAAUCAUGUAUGGUAAUAACAAGUCAGCACUUGUGACAUAUAUGGAGACUCUCCAAAAAACAUCCAGUAGAUGUGUGGUACUGCUAGUUGAAUUAGAAGGAAAGAAGAAGAAGAUUUCUCUUGAUGAAGCUUACAAUGAAGAAAACAUCAUUCCCAUUUUUGAAGAAAAGUUAUCCAUUUCAAUGAACUCUUAUUCUAUUGACAUUUUUGAUGACGAUUGUGAAGAUUGGGUAGUAUUCGACCCAUCAGAGCACAAUUUUCGUAAAAUGAAACAACCUGUCAAGAUGAGACUCGAAGAAAAGGUUGACGAAAACGUAACAGAGACAACAACUAUCAAGGCUAUUGAUAAUUACAAAAUUAUCAAGCAAUUGCAAUCAGAAACAACGGAACAAUAUGUUUCAAUAACAUUCCUUGCUGAAGAAAAACAGCUUAACAAGGAAAAUCGAAAAAUAAUUCUGAAAUAUUUGAACUUUAAAGGUAAUAAUGCAGAAGAGAGACUUUCAGAAAUGAUUAUCACUCUCAAGAAAGCAAAGGAUUUUGAAAAGUCCAACAUUAUUCCAAUAUUUGAUAUUUUGAAACCAGAGACCAUCAAUAAUCAGAAAAUUAAGAAGGUUCAACAUUUGGCAUUCACUACACCUUACUAUUCACAUGGAAGUUUAGACAACGUCACCAAAGAGAGAAUACACCUCAAUACUAGAAUGAUACUAUCGCUUAUCAAGUAUUCAUUGGAAGCAUUCAACUCUCUUGAAGAAGCACGUUUAGACUAUGGAAAUAUUAAGACACAAAACAUUCUUGUUGAACAAUUGGAUCUUGUAACAAGUGCUCUCAAGAUAAGAGUCACUGAUUGGUGGAUUGCUUCAAAAAGCAAAACACCUGCUAUUUGCAACUUGGGUCUACUAUUGUACAAUUUUCUAACAUUUGAAAAAACAGAUUUGAAACAUCUCAUGUCAGAGACAGUUACAAGUCAAAUGAUUUCAGAUGAAAUUUUCAAAAAGCAAAACAAGUCAUCAAGCUCUUCAUUAGCAAUUGCAGGAGAAGUGAUUGCAUUUUUGUUGGGAAAGUUUGAUUCUAGAAUUGCAAUUUCUGCUAGACAAGCCUUAAAGUUGUUGUACAAACGAGUGAAAGAAUCGAAAGAGAGUAGUCCAAGUAAAUGA